AUGUCCGAUACAGAAAUCGAAACUGCUCUGAGCGCUUUUAUAGUACUGAGUGCACAUUUAUAUUUGUUACUGAGAAAAAAUAAAAAGCCACGUCAAAGAAGAUGGUGGAUGACGACACAUCAUAAAACACGGAAUCAGUAUGAUGGAACCCGAUUAUUGAGUAAUUUGAUUCAAGAGCCAUCAGGACAGUUUGAUAACUUUUGUCGUAUGUCUUCGAUAGAUUUCGAAUACCUUCUACAGUUGAUUGGACCAAGAAUAAAAAAGCAAGAUACAGUAUUCAGAGACUCAAUACCAACCAAAGUACGCCUUGCUGUGACACUUAGAUUUUUAGCGACUGGUGAUUCAUUCAAAAGUCUUCAUUACCUAUUUAAGAUUUCUCCUCAAGUCAUAUCGUUGAUCGUGCCGGAAGUAUGUAAAGCACUAUGUGAGGCAUUGCGUUCUUUUGUAAAAAUGCCACAAAAUGAACACGAGUGGCUUGAGAUUGCUCGAGAAUUUGAAAUAAAAUGGCAAUUUCCACAUUGUUUGGGCGCUAUCGAUGGGAAACACAUUAAAAUACAGUCACCCAUUAAUAGUGGAUCAGAGUUCUAUAACUAUAAACACAAUUUCAGUAUAAUAUUACUAGCGGUAGCUGAUAGUGACUACAACUUUUUAUUUGCUGACGUAGGAACACAUGGACGUAUGAGUGACGGUGGAGUUUUUAAUGAUAGCAUGCUUUAUAACAAAAUAUAUGGACCUGAUUCCUUUUUUCCGCAAGACGCUCCUUUACCUGAUCGACAUCUUCCUGUGCCCUAUGUUUUUGUGGCAGAUGGAGCUUUUGCAUUAUCUAAAAGGAUCAUGAAACCUUUUCCUGGUACACCGCCAGUUGGCUCACAAAAUAGAAAAUUCAACAGUCGACUAUCAAGGGCUCGUGUUGUGAUUGAAUGUGCAUUUGGAAUAAUGACAUCGGUAUUUGGAGUGUUAAAAACCAAUAUAUUACUACAACCCGAAAAAGCAUCUAUUAUAACACUCACUUGCGUUGUACUUCAUAAUUUUUUGAAAAAGAGCCAGCACUCCUACCGUAUGUAUAUGCCGGAAGGUAAUAUAGAUAAUGUUUUAGAAGAGCAACAAUUAAGAUCACUAGAUCAAGUACCAAUUAGAACAACAGAAAAUGCUAGAGAAAUACGUAAUGAAUAUGCAUCAUACUUUUAUUCACACUAA